CUCGGGAUAGCCCAAUCUGUUAUGGAUAGAUUCGUUUCAACCAUAAAAAACCGCUGAAAUAAGUACUGCUCAAGGUCGCAUUUUGGGGCUGCAUUUGAAAGCCUUAACCAACCUUCAUUCGCGCUGCUGUGACGCAAUCGGUCUUAAAAUGCAGCCUUCAAAGAACGCAGCCCCCGAAUUGGGACAAGAGCGAUCGUGACGCGGUGGAUGGUUUAAAUACAGGAAGUGACGCACCGGCGGCAUGUUAGAAAAAGACGUUUGUUGACAUGGAGCCGUUUAAACAAAGCUCUCGUAACAAUUUUUGUUUCAACUAUAACUAUACCAACGCCGUGAUGCUUGUCACGUGUCGAUCUCUGUGAAGUGUAACGCUCAUCUCCCUGUGAAAGUGGUGAUGUUUGAAGACAUGAGGAGGAAAUCCAGCAAAGCGAGUCGGUUGCGGCUCAGUCCCAAUGAAGAGUCUCAGCUGGUGAAAGAAGAACUGGACAGGAGGAGGAAACUCCGAUUACAGCAGGUGCGUGAGCAGGAGCGUUACAUCGCUCAGCAGGUGCGCAGGCAGGUGCGGGAGAGAAGAGAGACGCAUGUGCAGAUCCUUGCAGAUGCGCUGCAGCACGAAUGGCAGCAGGAGCGGAACGAUAAACUACAGAGCUUAGCCAGAGCCUAUGAGGAGAGCCUUCUGUCGGUCGGCCACGCACACCGCAGCGCACGGGAGAAUGAGUCUGAUUUAGAAGCGGGGGCUCAGAGGAGUAUGGAGAGGCUGGAGCGUGCGGCAGAUAGACACCGGCAGGCGCUCAGAGACCUCACGGCCCGCAGACACGAGGAGGAGCAGCAGCGCUGUCGGCAUGUUGAAGCUCGGAAGAAAGCUCUUCUAGAGGAGAAGAAGAGAGCUUUAAGAGUGGCCAGUCUUCCACCGCCUCCUGCAAACCCCGUAGAGAGCAUUUGGACGAAGGGACGUCUUCCGCUCAAGUCAGCACCUGCAGAACGCUUUUCUGUCACACACCAUCACAUGCCAGAAACAGCCGUGGACAGAGAGACCGACACCAAGCAGUUGGAUGCUCGACAGGCAGCAGAGGAGGAGGUGCGGCGUUUGGAGGAGGUACAGCGAGAGGAAGCUUGCGCUAGGGUGGAGAAACUGGAGAAGGCACGACUUCGAGGAAACCACGCUCUUAAGAAAGAACAAGACACACAGAACCAGACACGGCUGCUGGGUGAACUGGAGCGCCUGCAGCAGGCUGAUUUACUGUGCCGCAGACAGGCAGUGAACCGCAUCCCAGCGCAGAUCUUUCAGCCGCUCUACAGACAGGAAGAGCUCCGAGACGAGCAGCAGCGAGAUCUCGAGAUUGCCUUUCACGACAUGUAUACAAAAGAGUGUGAGGGCCGAGGUAACCAGGUGCUUCAGCUGGUGCCUGAACCUCUUCCACAGCCAUCUGCUGGUAGUCCUAAUGAGGACCUGGAUGUGACUCUUGACCCUGACAGUGAGGAGCACUACACAGUCACCGAGAUACCUGAAUCAUCUGGACCUUCAGGAGACCAUCAUAGACGAGCUCUGAGACGACUGCUUGACCGCAUCAGAGAUGGAAGAGAUCAGGCCCGGCAGGGACAGAGUACUGCUGUGAAAGCGACGUCAGCUGAAGGUGAUGAUGUUAUAGAUGUUUCCAGUAUUGAAACGGGAACUUUAGGCGGCCGGGAAGGAGAGGAUACAGGUGGUGUAACCGAAAGCGAGGCGGUUUCUGAGGUCAGUGAUGAACACAUAGUAGCAGGAAUGAUCCCCAUGGCAGAUGAUGUGAUGCCCGUGUCAAGAGAGAGCAAGAAGAGUGAAUGCAUUGUCCAGCCAACAGAUGAGGCGGUGCUCUUGAGACAACAGCAGGAGCAACUGGUAUUACUGGAAGAACUGGAAGAGAAACGACGAAAGCUCGAGUGGCACUUAAAAGAGGCACAGCAGGAGAGACAGAUGCUGGAAGAUGCUGCACAGGUGCAUUCUGGGAUUGAAGAGGUAAAAGCUCUUCGUGAUCCGGCUCCAGAGAUAACAGCAGGGGAUACACAUACUCUGAGACUCCAUCAGUAUCAACAGCGUCUCCUGGAACAGAACAGGCGUCAUAAAAAGUGUGUUGAGGAUGCUCGACGCAGAUUAGAAGAGUAUCAACAUACUCUGAAAUUACGUCAUGCCAUCGGUAUCAGCACAGCAGCACAAACACUACAGCCAUCUUCUGUUUGCCGUUCUCCCAACAUCAGGACACCUGUUCACCCGUCAUCCCUCGAAAGAGAUGCUAUCCAAACUCAUUCACAGCAGGCUUUGAUCAACCCAGCGGAUCCUGCGUCAUUUGAUGUUAUCAUUAACCCAUCAGUCCUCCAGUGUGGAGUGUCUGUUCGGUGGUCUGAAGACAGGUGUCCUGAAGAGACGUCUUAUGAUGCUCGUGUAGAAGUUGGUGUUUCUGAACGUAAGCAGGUUCCUCUUCCUCCUCCUUCUGUUGUUCUAGAGCUUCUGCGCAACCGACAUCAUCGAGCCGAACAUGCAGAGGUCAACGCACUCCAGACACCAGCACAGACUGAGAUGCGGACGGAUCCUGCCAGAGAUCAUGGUCGCGGAAUGAGCUGUGCAGAAGAGUUCACUCUUAAGAACCCAUUGCUGAAAGCCAUUGAGGAGUCCAGCAGCCACGCCGAACACCCCCACCAGAGACCUUCCCUUCUGCUGCCGGUCUCAAACGAAUGUGCAUAUGAGCAGCAGGUCCCAGUCAAUCGAGGGAAAGUGAAACCACCCGUGUCCCGUACAUCUGCCCGUCUGGCUUUCUUACAGCAGAUGGAGGCACAUGAACUCAGUGCCAUACAGGAGGUGGACACUCCUGUCAAUGUCAGCCUUGAUGCAGAGGUCAGCGAGUGGUGCAGUGCGUCUCUGCCUGCUGUUGUUUCUGAUGGCAGUGUGAGUGAGAGGUCACAGGUCACGGGCAGACUCAGCCGAAUGUCCUGGAGAGAAGCUCUUCUCAUCCACUCAAACACAAGUGUUUCCAGCAUUAACCAGCAGCCAGAGUUUGGUGUGAAUGCGACACCUGAUCGAUCAUCAGUGGAUGGAGAAUGUCUUUCAUCCACUACAGUCUCCACAGGCAGCUUCUCCACUAGUGAACAUGAACCCAAUUGCACUAUUACAGACUCGAACAUUGAGCCGGUUGGAAAGGAGAACUGGGUGUUCCAGCCAUCGACCAAAUCCCCUUCCUGUCAGUCACAGGCAAUGAGGACUUCAGUACAGCAGAUCAUAGAUAAAUACACAAAGGAUCUGGACGCUUCACUGAGAACUGGCAGUGUGCACCCAGGGGUCAACAUCAGUUCUGUGUCUUGGUCCAGUCUCCUUCAGCAGGAACUAUCACACGAUGAAGACAUAUGCGAGCGCCGGAGCUCUGCUGUAGUUCUAUCUAACGCUGAGCUUACAGGUGACUUCUUACCUUUGCAGCCUCAUCCAGACAUAAACUCUUCAUCAUCUUCAUCUAGAAGUCUAGUGAGAAAUGAGCAGGGUAGCCAACCACAGGGGUGGAACGAGGCAGUAAACCGAACCAUCGAACGCUUCUCCGGUCAGUUAUGGUCUGAUCGAGGUCGGAUGACUGGAGAACCAUCCUCCAUGUCUAAAGACCAGGUGCAAGCCUCUGGUUUUAGCCAAUCACAGACGACAGUCACAAGCGUGCUGCAGAAUUCCAUUGGCCAUCAAACCCUUCCGAGUGAAAUCUCCCGUAACUCCACCUCCCCUCAGGUGGAUGAAAGCAUUAUGACUUCAAUCGACGUAGAUCAAAUGGCAGCCCGUGGGCUCUCUGAAGGUCGCGAGUCGGUUUUAAGCCGGCUGAUUGCCCGAGCGUCAGAUAUCGCUUCAUCUCAGAUCCUCGACGAAAGUAACGCCCUUGCUGGUGGUUCAAGGGAAAUGAACCUUCAACAGACAGGUGUAGGAGAUUCGAGUCUCGGUUCGGACGUGGGCCUGUCAGAGAUCAGUUCAGCCGGCCUACAGCGCUCCGUGACAUCAAGCGAUGAUACUUCGGAUUGCUUUCUUUCUCUGCCCACUGAGGUCACACAUAAUGAGAGUCUGGAGUGUUCGCUGCCUGCUUGCAUCGCUCUCCUAACAGAAAUGUCUCGGGCGCAUAUAAACAUCUGCCCACCUGAUACCUCUGCUUCUGACUGCCUGGAGCCAAUGGACCCUUCCCUUCCAUCGUUCACUUUUGACCCAUCGCUCCAUCAGCUCAGAGCAGACAUGCUGAUUCAGUCCAAGUCAGACCUGCACGUUUCAAUGGAGCAGCUCUCUCUUACCCAUGAUUCCCUCUGUGAAAUGGAUAUAUUGGCUGAGCCCACUGCUUCAGAUGUCAGCCGCAUUCGAUCCUCCCCCUGUGCACAGGAUGAAAAGUGUGACCUUGCGUCUCGCUCGGCUGUCGAAAACACACUAGACAGGUUAUUGGAUAGAGUCCAGGAGUUGGCCGAUUUAAAGGGCAUUCUUGAAGAAUCUACCAUCUCAUUUGUCAGUUUACAAGAGUCAACAUUACAAGAUCCUGACAUCACUGGAUUAGAGGAACAGACAGAGAGUGUGUCUGAAGCUAAACCUGGAAAGGAGUCGUUAGAAGAGAAGGAAAUGCGGAAGGAACCUGAUCUCAGUGAGGGCAAAGUGGAGGGCAGCAGUCAAUCAGAGCGCCCAGAAUCAUCCUUCUCUCAUAAAGUAGUGAUGCUGGAGUUUCAGUCUUCCUCUCCUCGAAAGCAGGAGGCGUUACUAGGGCGACGACAUCAUCUCGCCCAACGCUCCGCACUUAGGGCUGCAAAUGUCAAGGCUAAAAGGGCAGAGCUGAGCAAAAUGUCGGGAGUCGUUCAAAAUGUGUCCAAACCCACUUUAUCACCAGACCGCAGCGUACAGAAAUUAGAAACAGCAGUUUGUAGAUUAAAGACUGUGAGUGAGAUCAAGAUUUGCACCCCUGAACAGAGAUGCUUGGAGGAGGGGGAGAUGUAUCAGCGCACUCAAAGAUUGUACAGUCAGUUAGAAGAAGUCAAACAGAAGAAGGUGCUCCACAGCCGUCAGAAAGCCCAUGCCAAAAACCGAGAGAAGGCCAAGGAGUUUCAGAGGAAGACAUUGGAAAAACUGAGGGCUAAACAAAACGGAUGACGUUCUUUUCAACAGAUGACACUUGUGUUUUUGACAAAAUUUAUGCUGGCAAAGCACUUUUUUCUGUAUGUAUUCAAUGUAUUUUCUCUGUAUUUUAAGUAUUUUUUUUAUGAAUUGCGGUGUCUGUGUCUUAGCACAUCAAAAUAAACUUGAAGUCUCAUUUCAA